AUGGACAUGGGUUCCAGCCCCACCUCAGAGAGCAGGAACUCAGACCUGCACUUCAAAGAUUCCUUUGACUUCCCCAGCACCGCCGGAUACCUGCGCACAACAAUGCUUGCUUCAGCAUCAGACCACCCGAACGUAUUCUUCAAGUACUUCAAUCUGGCGACGAUCUUCUCCUCGCUGCGAAACGCGACAGCCUGCAGCGCUUGCCUGAGCAUCCCAGAGCCACGGGGCACACCUAAUCUUUCGGCACAUGCCACCAUCGCCCGGACACGCUCGGGGUUGGUGCUCAGCAUCCUAGGCACACGGAUACACAGCUUGGCAAUAUCACAACCACCUAGCCCGCACUCCCUCAGGAACACAACAUUGGGCUUGACAGCCUUGUCGAGGUCCGACGACAGAAGGUGGGAUGAGCGCUUGAGCAGCCGGAGGAAGUUUUGGAAGGAGCCCAAGAGGGGCAGGUAG